UUCCAUUUGGCGGCACGAGUACCAUCCAAAAUGACAUUUCUGCUGCUUCUGCUGCUCGGCUGCAGCCUGCUCGCCUCGGCCAGGGGCACGUGCAACGUGUGCAAUGCUGUCAACAGCCUGACCUGCUACUCCCAGAACCAGACACAGGCGUGCGAUGCGAAUAGUUUGCCCACUGGUGCACCCUACAGCUGCCCCAGCGGCUAUGUGUGUGUGAGUGGGGACAGUGGGGUGAUCUGUGUGCCGGAGGAGAGUGCAGCCAGCAGCCAGGCCGACUGUCAGCAGUGCAACAAGUGUGACACCAGCAACACCUUUGCCUGCACAGGCACCGGCAGCUUUGCCCUCUGUCUGGGCACGGACACGGCUCAGGAUUCAGUCGGAACAUGUGCCGACGGCUAUGUGUGCAAUGUCAAUGCCACACAGAUUUGUGGCCUGCCAACGGAUGGGAUUAUGCCCACAUGUUCGUAUGCUGAUGACGCUGACUCCAGCAGCUCUUCGAGUGUUGCAACAACGACACCACCCACCAGUUCCCCGGCUGCUUACUGUGCCGCUGUUAAGUCCGCGGGUAGAUACCCAGUCGGCAAUGAUGCCUACACGACCUGUCGCCAGUACAUCUUGUGCAGCUUGGUCAGCGGCAGCUGGAAGGGUCAGACCUAUACGUGUCCGGGCAGUCUGUACUUCAGCAGCACCGCCAGCCUGUGUGUCGCCGCCAUGCCAUCGACCUGCUCGACCAGCGUUAGCUCCACAACCUCAACGACAGCGGCCCCAACCACGAGCAAUCCGGCGGCCUAUUGUGCGGCCAUGAAGUCGGAGGGUUACUACCCCGUGGGCACCGAUCCCAGCACCACAUGCAGGCAGUAUAUCAACUGCUUUCUGCUGAGUGGCACAUGGCGGGGUCAGAUGUACACGUGUCCGGGCAGUCUGUACUACAACAGUGCCAGCAGGAUCUGUGCGAGUGGCCUGCCCGCCACAUGUUCCGCCACAGUCUCCAGUCUGACGCUCAAUGGAGUUGUUUUGGAGUAAGUACAGGUGCAACAGAGAAUAUUAGAUAGUUUAUUGGGGUCUGGUCUAAAGACAAGCUGCUGGCUUCAUGUAGGAACAUUUCUGCAUCUCUGCUUGGAAGUAGGAGUCCGUCGGGCAAUCGUAUUCCGUGGCCGUGACAACGAUAUUGUUUUUAAAGUAGCAGCUGAUGUAGCUACAAAAAGAAGAUUAACAAUUAAAUAUAUGUAGAAAAAUAUCAGUU